GCAGUGUGCGUAAAAGCGCCGCCGUCCCUGGGUAGCGCGUCUCUCUUUUCCUCCCUCUGUGCGCGCGGGUGGCUGACAGCGUCCAACUCCGCCUCUCGUCCGAGCCCUACCGCCACCGCCCCCUCCCCCUGUUCCUGCCUGGCUGCCCCCAUUGGUUGCGGAGCGCAUCACUCACUGGCUGGACCCAUCUCGCGCUCCCAUUCAUGCAGUUUGGUUGAGUGUUGGUGUAUUUUACUGUUUGCAAUAAAGAGGGGGGCAGCGGUCUUUUUUUUUUUUUUUUUUUUGGUUCAGUUUCUGUUGCUGCAAUUAACUCUUGGGCUCUAACACAGUUUUGCAAACCCAAACAACAACAAAAAUUGUACGUUUUUCCUCUCUCCUGUUUUUAAACAAAGCCUUUCCAAGAGGGUUUAAAAAAAAAAAAAUCUUGGGCUUUUGCGUGUGGUGGUGCUUUUUAGUUUAAAAAAACUGGGAAGGGGGUGGCUGUAUUAUUUAUUUUUAAAGACACCUCGCUCGCUCUUUCGUUUUUGCAACCACCUGGUUAAGGUUCAACUAUGCCCAAAAGAAAGGCCGCAGCUGAAGGUGAGGUAAAGGAGGAGCCAAAAAGACGAUCUGCUCGAUUAUCUGCUAAACCUGCUCCUCCUAAACCAGAGCCAAAGCCCAAAAAGGCAGCACCUAAGAAAGAAAAAGGAGCAAAUGACAAGAAAGAGGACAAAAAGGUAGCAUCAAAGGGGAAGAAAGGAGCCAAAGGAAAAGAAGAAACUAAGCAGGAAGAUGCUAAAGAAGAAAACCACUCUGAGAAUGGAGAUACCAAAACUAAUGAGGCACCAGCUGCUGAUGAAUCUGACGACAAGGAAGUCAAGUCCGAAUAACAAUCUUAGCCCUGUUUGUUUUCCAUCAUUUGGUAUCCGUACCUCCAUACUGUAUUGUUAAAAGAGGAAUAUUUUUAUCAACUAUUUUAUAAAUGCAGGUUUUUUUAGCAUGGAUUUAAUUAUGGAGCAUCUUCAUCUCAGUUAUUUGGGACUUAACCCAACAGAAAAACAAACUGUUUUUAAAAUUUUGUGAUUGUCAUAGUUUGUAUGGUACCUGGAAAGAAUCGGUGGUGGUAGCUCUUGACUUCUGUCGGUAUAUAAUCCCUUUGUGUGUAAGUCGUACAGACUUCAGCUUUUAAUUUCGCCCUUGUUAAGUGUUGUACGGUUUCUUAACGUGGGGAGGUCACACACACACAAGCUAAUUGCGUCAGACAUUCCGGUGGUUGUGUGGGGUUGUUUUUAUAAAGAAGGCGAGAUAUUUUCAUGAAAAAUCCUAAGAAGCUGGAAAUCUUGUUGUAUCCCAAAUGUAGUUUUAUUUUGUCACAUUUUGGAGAAUAAGAAGAAUUAAAAAUGUAAUCAUGUUUUUAAAAUGAAAUGCAAAAACAAAUCUUUUUUUUAAAAAAGGAGUGUGAGGGUGAGAAAUAAAGGGGCAGGAUGACUGAAUAUACCCACUGUUAGGAAUUUUGCUGGAUUUAUCUUAAUAAAAAAAGACUCCUCAAAA